AUGUCUUCCUUCAUAGACCAUCCAGUCCAAGCGUUACUCGCAGCAUCGAUACUCACAAUAUCGAUAUUCUUAUACACCAAGCUCGUCGAGAAGAGGCACAAACAAUUCGCCCAUCUCCCUCAGUUGCCGACAUCGCUUCUCUGGGGCCAUCUUCAACUCUUUGCCAAAUAUACUAAGCACGGAGCCCUAGACCGUCAUCCAGAUGCAAUCAUUGCUGAGAUGCACAAGGAUCUUGGAUCCCCUCCCAUCUUCUUGGUUGACUUGCGGCCCAUUAGCUAUCCCAUGGCAGUCGUCGCUGACCAUACAGUUGCCGAGCAAAUCUCGAGACCAUCCAAGGACUUCCAAUAUAGUGUACCUAAAUCGCCUCCAAAUCCAAGCGUCGGCGCUCUGAUUGGCCCCUUGUCAAUGCUCAAUCAUCAGAACGAAAGCUGGAAGGCAAUCCGCAGAAGAUUCAACCCAGGCUUCUCUCCAAACCACCUGAUGACGCUUCUUCCGUGUAUCAUCGACAAGAGCAUGCUAUUCUUGAAGCGACUGGAUCAGCAUGCUGAAGCAGACGACGUAUUUAGGUUGACUGACCUAACUACGAGCCUGACCUUUGACAUCAUAGGUGCCGUUGCUAUGGAUGUCGAUCUAGAGGCGCAGGAACCUGAAUCUUCUCGACUAGGAGACUUCAUCCGUAUCUUCAACGAGCUCAUUCAGACGCAUGCUAAUGACAACUUUCAUCUGCCAUGGUGGCUGACACCCUCUGUGUAUAUGACUCGCCGUCGCCUUGGGAAACUCAUCACCGACAGACUGCAGGCUAUCGUCCGUGCUAAAUUCGCCGAGCUAAAGUCUGGUUCCCAACACGGUCAAUCAUCUCGGACGAUCCUCGCUCUGAGCUUGCAAGAUAUUGAUCACUUAUCGCCUGCUGUUCUUGAUGAGACGUGUGACCAGCUCAAAACCUUUCUCUUUGCAGGUCAUGACACCACAAGUAUCCUUAUUGAUUGGGCGAUAUACGAGCUAUCUCGCACCCCCCGAGCCCUCAAGGCUGUACAGGCCGAAGUCACGGCGCUGCUCGGUCCCGAUGCACACAAUCCAGGCAUCGUCCGCUCCAAACUCCUGUCUCCAGGCGGGGAGCACAUUAUGCACCAAAUGAGUUACAUAUCGGCCGUCAUACGAGAGUGCCUUAGAUUGCAUCCGCCAGCUGGUACAGUCCGCAUGACCAUGCCCAAGUCUGAAAGUACGUGCGUCGUCGCCACAUCCCACAGCGACUAUUGUCUCGAUGGUGCCUGGAUCUAUCUAAACCACUCCUUAAUCCACCGUGACCGCGCCGUGUUCGGAGAUACAGCCGACGACUUCUGGCCGGAGCGCUGGCUGGCACAAGGCGGGCAGAGACAUACCGGGGACUCGCCCACCUCCGAGGAGUCAAUCUUUACGACCGCGCCGGGUGCAUUCCCGCAGAGCGCUUGGAGACCCUUUGAAAGGGGCCCCAGGAAUUGCAUCGGCCAGGAGCUCGCUAACAUCGAGGCGCGUAUCGCCAUCGCCAUGCUAGCUAACAGGUACGAUUUCACCAAAGUUGGGCUGGGCGAGCUGGACCUGGAUUCAACAGGUCGGCCGGAGGUUGGUGAUAAUGGCCAGUACAAGGUCAAGUCCGAGCUAUAUCCAACCAUUCAGAUUACAGCUAAACCGGUUGACGGAAUGCUAAUGAAGGUGGCUCUGUCUCAACCCGCUACUUGA